AUGGUACCACCUACUGGUGACCAAGCAGAAAACUCUCUCAGGGGUCGUUUAUUUGCACGAAGAAUGGAGCUUUUAAUUGGAGUCUGCGUGCUGCUCACUGUUACCUUUGUCCUUGGCAUUGGUCUGGGAGUGGGGAUGAGCUGUAGAGGCAAGUUCCGGUGCAGCUCCUCGCUCUGUGUCAGCAUCUCUGCACAAUGUGAUGGACACCCGGACUGUGAACAUGGGGAGGACGAGCUCAGCUGUGUACGUGUGAGUGGGAAGAGUUCAGUGCUGCAGGUGUUAAGUGGAGGAGUCUGGCGCACUGUGUGUUCAGAAAAGUGGGACUCUGAUCUGGGCUUCUCUGCCUGCAAACAGCUGGGAUACUCCAGUUAUGUGGAGUCUGGUUCCCUCCCUCUCACCUCGAUUGAACAAGACCUUCAGGAUGAUCUGGUGUCCAUCAAUCUGAGCCAGCAGAAUCCCCUGUAUCCAAUCAAGAUACACAAUACAACCAGCCUGAGUAAAACUGAAUGCAGAUCAGGAAAGAUCAUAACUUUAAGGUGCUUGGAGUGUGGCUUCCGACCCCAGUAUAGUGCACGUAUCGUGGGGGGCAACCUGUCUCGGGAAGGCCAGUUUCCUUGGCAGGUGAGUCUUCAAUUCCAGAAUGAGCACCUGUGUGGAGGAUCUAUUGUAGAAACACGGUGGAUAUUAACAGCUGCACACUGUGUGUAUGGCUUUGCGUACCCUCCUCUGUGGACAGUUCUCGCUGGACUCACAGAACAGCCAGCCACUGGAGCAAAGUAUCUCACUGUGGAGAAAAUUAUCUAUCAUGGCCGCUACAGACCUAAAGGGCUAGACUACGACAUCGCUCUGCUGAAACUGUCCCAGCCACUCACUUUCAAUGGCUACAUUGAGCCCAUCUGCCUGCCAAACUUUAGAGAGGAGUUUGAGGAUGGGAAGAUAUGCUGGAUCUCAGGAUGGGGAGCCACAGAGGAUGGAGGUGAAGCGAGUGUGUCUCUGCAUUCUGCGAGGGUGCCGCUGAUCUCCACCAAAGCCUGCAGUCAGCCUGAAGUCUAUCAGGGCUACAUCUCACCUGGCAUGAUUUGCGCAGGAUACCUAGAUGGGGGAACUGACUCCUGCCAGGGGGACAGCGGAGGUCCUCUGGCCUGUGAGGUCUCGUCUGUGUGGAAGCUGGUGGGAGCAACGAGUUGGGGUCAGGGUUGUGCAGAGAGAAACAAACCCGGGGUUUAUACACGCAUCACACAAGCUCUCACCUGGAUUCAUAAACAAAUGGAGGUCAGUUAA